CUUCUUCUUUCUCUCUCUCUCUCUCUCUCAACAGAAGAAAUGAAGAGACAAGAAAAUCCACUAUCAUCAUCAUCUCGCCGGGAAACUUUGCCAGAAAACCACCAAGCCAAAAGCAUUGGCUGCAUGUCAGGCCUCUUCCACCUUGUCUGGAAAUACCAAAAACGCAGGAAAUUGCUCACCUCUGCUCGGAAACAGGACAGAGGCUCCCCUUCUCCUCCUAAAAUCCCGAAGCCUUCGCUAGAAGACACAGUCCAUGAGAAAACAACCAAAAUGAAAGAAGAAGAAGAUAUACGAUCGUUGGGGAAAUGUGCUCCUCCGGAAUGCGACUUCCGGAGAUUCUCUUGUGAGGCACCGAGGAGCCCAACAUUAACAGCGGACAUCCUGCGAUCAAAUUCCGUCAAUUCACCGGAGAAUUUCCGCCGCCCACAAGCCCUGGUGGCGCGUCUGAUGGGAUUGGAUGAGAUCCCAGUGGCGUCGCCGAAAUCCGCCUCUGAGAAGCGGCAGAAGCUGCUGGGAGCACUGGAGAAAUGUGACGAAGAUCUCAAGGCGCUUAGAAAGAUCAUCGAAUCCAUACGAUUGUCGGAGCAGUUUCAGUGUCCGUCACCGGCGGCAGACGGACUUACCGGCCCAAGCGAGAGUAGAGGCUUAGCUAGCCCGAGAAGUGAGCUUAAAGCGCCUGUGAGUUAUGGGCCGAAACGUCGGUAUUGGUACCAAUUGGACAGUAGGGAUUCGAUAACGACGCACAAAAGUAGUUCGGAUUAUAACGGUGAGCGGCCGAGUCCCGUUUCGGUGCUCGAUGAGAUCUCUUCUCCGCCAUUCGUCUCCAAAAGAUACAAAAAAGGAGAACAAGAAAAAUCAAAAGAAGACAACAUCAGCUUCUCCUUUCACAGGAGGAUUACAACUGAAUCACUGCCAAGACCUUCUGGCCGCAGAGAAGACUAUGAUUGCGAGUAUUUUUGGUUGCCACCAAAGAAACUGGACUGGAUAUCGCCGUUUACAAGCAGCAGAGCGAUGAUUGAAAGUGUAAAUGAAGUCUGUCAAGAAGUGCACAGGGGAGAGAAACGGGAGUUGGGGAGAAUUGGUUUAGCCAUACAAGAUCACAUAUUUGCAGGUUUGAUUGAAGAGAUUGUUAAAGAAUUAGGAUGUUGUAGUUUGUACUCUUCACUCCCCUUUGAGGCAUGUAGGAAAAGGCUAUGUUUCUAGGCUGCUGCUUGCUUGUAGGCAUGAAAACAUUAGUGAGUAAAAUCUGGUUCAUUCUUUGGUAAGUUACUAUUUGGUUUGAUA